UCCAAAUUGCUACUCCAGUAAAUAUUAUGAUUCAUUUUCAAAGUACAUAAGCACUUCAACUCUAUCCUACUGACACCUUUAAUCAGUCAGAAGUGAUAACCACUAAAAGAUUUCAACGGAUCUUUGUCUGUAAUCAGAGAGAGCGGCCCAGUAUAGCAGCGUUGAGGAGAUAAGAAGCAACACAACUUUGUCUGCACACAGUUCUGGGGGCCAUUUUGCAUAUUGGAUGAUGGUCAUCUAUUGGUCAUCUGAAAAUUAGUGAUCAAUAUAUAUUGUAGAAUAUAAUACAAAACAGAAUAGCUGAAGAUAACCUAGAGAGUUUGACAUUGAACAUGAGUAUCACUAUGAAAUGUUCUCUGCUACUGCUGGUCAUAGUCUGUACUCUACUGUCUCAUACCACAGGGAAACCAAACCCAAAGUGUACCUAUAAACCUGAUGGUGACAACCAGUUGUCCAUAGAUGUCACCUGCAAGAACCUUGACCUUCCCAGGGGAGUCCAGUUAAGAGAAGUCCUGGGAGAGGUGGACAUCGCUCACCUCACCGUCACUCACUCCAACAUCCAGCUCCUAUCAGCAGAUCUGUUCACAAAACUGGCAACCACCUUGGAAACACUUACAGUAAGACACUGUGCAGACCUUACCACCAUUGAAAAUAACACAUUUGUUGAGUUUGGUGCCUUAAAAUCUCUCGACUUGUCAAAGAAUAACAUCAGUAUCACCCUGGAUGGGGAAGAAUUCCGCAGCCUGAAAAACUCGCCAUUAGAGUCAAUUGACCUCAGCGGGAAUGCCAUCUCGCUUCUUCCAUCUCAAAUGUUCCGUGGUUUGAAUGCUUUAGAAAAUAUCGAUUUGUCCAAUAGUAAAAUAUCACAGAUACAAGACACAGUGUUUGAUCACCUUAUCAACCUAAAAUCACUCGACCUGUCACACAACCAGAUUGCACAAGUUGGCACCAACGUCAACGGUUUCCCUUUUAGCUGGAACCAGCGCCUGCAACUCCUAGACCUUUCCUACAACAAGAUGGCGGCUGUGCAAGUUGGUAUUUCCAUCCAGCAAAGCCUGACCACUCUAAACCUGAGCCACAAUGAAAUAUCCAGCUUCAAUCGCAAACCGUUUACUGUUCCACCAAUGUUACAGGCGUUACAGUUCAUGGACAACCUCAAGGACCUCGACCUGUCCCAUAACAAUCUUACCGACCUUCCUCUGGAUAUUUUCUAUCAGCCAGUAAAUACGUUGUUUGUAAAAGACUUUGGGAUAUCAUCUACAAGCAAAGUGGCAGUCAAUCUGGCUGGGAACCCAUUGCACUGUGACUGUGGAUUUUAUACAUUUUGGGAAUUUCUGCAAAGUGCAGAAUGUCGACUGAAAUUCAGCUUUAAGAAUGGUGUUUGUGAUCAGCCAAUGGGAGUGAAGGGUGUAAAAGCAGCAGCAGUUGACAUGACUCAUUGCGCACCAAAAACAGGACAGUCCGUCAAAGUGAACUAAAAACUUUUUAUAACUAUGUUUUGCCUGAAGGCCCGUUAGAUCAUAUCAGGUUCUGAGCUUAUAGUUAGUAACAGAAGAUUUUAUGUACAAAGAAUAAGCACAUCACGAGAGAUCUCACUGAGGCAAAAUCAUAUCUGCUGCUUGUAAUUUUAUGUACACAGAGCUUUAUAUUUAAAUGAAAUAAGACUUUUAGCAAAAUCUGCAAAUCUCACCAAACAGGUGAAUUGUCUGUUAAAAGAGGGAAAAAUCACAG